AUGAUCCGCAACGGGCACGGGUUGGCGGGCGGCGCCGAGCCGCCGGGCCCGGGGGGCCGGGCCGCCGUGCGGGUGUGGUGUGACGGCUGCUACGACAUGGUGCACUACGGCCACUCGAACCAGCUGCGCCAGGCUCGGGCCAUGGGGGACUACCUCAUCGUGGGCGUGCACACCGAUGAGGAGAUCUCCAAGCACAAGGGGCCGCCGGUGUUCACGCAGGAGGAGCGGUACAAGAUGGUGAAGGCCAUCAAGUGGGUGGACGAGGUGGUGCCCGCGGCCCCUUACGUCACCACGCUGGAGACGCUGGACAAGUACCGCUGCGACUUCUGCGUCCACGGCAAUGACAUCACCCUGACUGCAGACGGCAGGGACACCUACGAGGAGGUGAAGCAGGCGGGGAGGUACAGAGAGUGCAAGCGCACCCAGGGCGUGUCCACCACGGACCUCGUGGGCCGCAUGCUGCUGAUGACCAAGGCCCAUCACAGCGGUCAGGAGAUGUCCUCGGAGUACCGGGCGUACGCAGACAGCUUCGGUAAGUGCCCGGGGGGGCGGAACCCCUGGACCGGGGUGUCCCAGUUCCUGCAGACGUCCCGGAAGAUCAUCCAGUUUGCCUCCGGGAAGGAGCCGCAGCCCGGGGAGACCAUCAUCUACGUGGCUGGCGCCUUCGACCUGUUCCACAUCGGGCACGUGGACUUCCUGGCGAAGGCGCACGGCCUGGCGGAGAGGCCCUACGUCAUCGCCGGCCUGCACUUUGACCAGGAGGUCAACCACUACAAGGGCAAGAACUACCCCAUCAUGAACCUGCACGAGCGGACCCUGAGUGUGCUGGCGUGCCGGUACGUGUCGGAGGUGGUGAUCGGGGCCCCCUACGCGGUCACCGCAGAGCUCCUGGACCACUUCAAGGUGGACCUGGUGUGUCACGGGAAGACGGAAAUCGUGCCUGACAAGGACGGCUCCGACCCGUACCAGGAGCCCAAGAAGAGGGGCAUCUUCCGUCAGAUUGACAGCGGGAGCAACCUCACCACGGACCUCAUUGUCCAGCGCAUAAUCAAGAACAGGCUGGAGUAUGAGGCCCGGAACCAGAAGAAAGAGGCCAAGGAGCUGGCCUUCCUGGAGGCCAUGAAGCAGCAGGAGGAGCUGCCCGAGAGAGGGAGCCACGCCGCCUUCUGA